AUGGACGCGCCCGCGGACCCCGUAAACGUCGCCGUUGCCGAGUUGGUCGGCAUGGCCGACAUGUUGAAGCGGAUGCGAGAUUCCUGCUGGAGCAAGUGCAUCGCGGCCGUGAAGGUCGAGCGUAUGGACCCCGGCGAGCAGAGCUGUGUGGACCGCUGUGUGAACAAGUUUCUCGACGUCCACACGAUGGUCGGGACGCAUUUGCAGGAAGCGUCGAAGAAUGCGCAGUUGUGA